UGCCAUCGCUGUGUGCGGAGGCCAGUCUGCACCUCGUCGUCAGAGCUCACAGGCCUACGACUGCCUGGACCAGCGACGGACUAGAAGGUGUACGAGGGCCGCAGGACACAGCCAUGGGAAACACACACACAAGUCUGGACGACAUUCUCGCUGAGGAUAUGCACCACUGGUAUAACAAGUUCAUGAGGGAGUCUCCAUCAGGCCUGAUCACACUUUUUGAACUGAAGUCCAUCCUGGGACUGCAGGGGAUGAAUGAGAACGCUAACAGUUAUGUGGAUCAAGUGUUCUUUACUUUCGACAUGGAUGGGGACGGAUACAUAGAUUUUGUGGAAUAUAUUGCUGCUAUCAGCUUAAUGCUCAAGGGGGAAAUCAACCAGAAACUUAAAUGGUACUUUAAACUGUUUGACCAGGAUGGCAAUGGAAAAAUCGACAAGGAUGAACUGGAAACAAUAUUUACUGCUAUACAAGACAUCACAAGAAAUCGUGACAUCGUGCCAGAGGAAAUAGUGGCUCUUAUAUUUGAAAAGAUUGAUGUUAACGGAGAAGGUGAACUGACCCUGGAGGAGUUCAUUGAAGGAGCCAAAGAUCAUCCUGACAUUAUGGAUAUGCUGAAGAAGCUGAUGGACCUCACUCCAGUCCUGAUCAUUAUUGUCGAAGGGCGACAGAAAUCAAACAAUAGAAGUUAGGCUGGCUAAACAGGAACAGAUGUAGCUUCCCGCAGUGAUUUCCUCAACAGAAAAUUCUCAAGGGGAACUUCGACUUUCGCCCAAGCAUGGUGCUGUCUGACCCCAGUGGAGAUACCGAGCCUUGCAUCUGAGCUGUCCUCAGCUGAACACUGAUCUUCUAAUGCUAUAAGGGAUUCAGGAGACUAUUCAGGAGACUAAGGAACUGCUGGCAAGGCUUAGGAGUGAGCAAUGUGGUGCUUUUUAAGGGAAGGCUCAGUGGAGAACACUGAGCACACAUCUAGCGACUUUCAUUGGGUGAGCGCAUCGUAUAAUCCAUGUAAUCGUGCUUGAACUGUUUACGGCAUCACUAUAAUGCUCUGAGAGUGAACUCUGAGACAGUCCGCUGCCGACGUGGCCUGAAUUGCCCUAAAAACUGUGAAAUGCACAAUGUACAGUAUAUAGAGCAGUAGUUCUUAACUGGUUUAAGCCUACAUUUUAUACUGGACAUCAAACGGCACAAAAUGAUACAAAAUACCCUUACCUGUAAAUCAAACUAUUUUUAGAGAAUGUAUUCAACGUUAUGUUACAACAACCUACAUAGGCCCAGAAAUGACUACAUUAGUAACAUGACCAGGCUAAGUGGAAAAUAUAACAAUUUGAUAAAUGCAAUAUUUGGCCACAAAAUGUUGACAUCAACAUCUUUGACAUCAUUAACAAUAUGGGAAGAUGUGCCUGUUUAUUUUGUUGUCCAUGACCCAUCAGAAAAGACCUAAGACCUAUUUUUGUCUUGUGAGCCACCAGUUAAGAACCAAUGAUAAAACAUCAUAAAAUUAGCACUUUAUCAUAGAAAAGUAUCAGAUUUAUCUGAUAAUGUUACCUGAUGCAGUAGGUGCAAUUCAUUAAAUGCACAUCUUUUUAGCUGAUCUAAUCUUGUCAAAACAGUAAAACUAAAAGCUUUCGAAAUUAGUGACUGCAUAUUUCAUAGUUAUAUACAUUACCAGAUUUGGGUUCAGUAAGGUUUUAUUUUAUUUUAUUUUAUUUUUAUUUUAUGAAAAAAUACUUUUAUUUAGGAAGGACACAUUAAACUGAUCAAAAGUGAUAGUAAAACAUUUAAUCCUGAAAAAAGUAUCACAGUUUCCACAAAAUUAUUAAGCAACACAACUGUUUUCAGUAUUGGUAAUAAUCAGCAUAUCAGAAUGAUUCCUGAAGGAUGAUAUGAUACUGAAGACUGGACAGUUACUAUAAAUUGUAAUAAUAUUUCACAAAUUAUUUUGAUAAAAUAAAUGCAGCCUUGGUGAGUGUUAAAAGAUCUUACUGACCCCAAAUUUCUGAAUUUGUAAUCCAUAUAUAUCUAAAUAUAUAUUUCUGUAAUGUCGCUGUUUAGAUGUCUGCAUGUGUUUUUUUUAACCAGUCUUG